AUGGUGGGUCUGCUACCAUGUAACCAAAACAUCACAGUGGAGAGUACUGCUGAGGAGAAUAACACAACUGAUCAGUCCAACACCGGCACUAAGGUGGUGGCUGACCAGUUUUCUCCUGGACCAUCUCCUCACUGCCAUAGACCAGGCGAUCUCAUCAUUAGGGAGCCUCAGCCAGAGGAUCAGUGCAGACCUACUAUUCCCACCCAGUCCGGGAAUGGAAAGGCCAUCCAGCCUGAAAGGGACCUGAGCUCAUCAUCCGACGACGAGGAUGACUUCCUCAAUCAGAUCCUCAACUCAGAUCCAGAGAUGUUCAGGCAUUACAACGUCCAUCCUGCCCUAAAGAGGAAGUCUGGAGAAGGAAGUGGCUCCACUCCCCCGAGCAAGGUCUCGAGGACAGUACCGCCCAGCCAAAGGAGACAGCCUGAGGGGUUGAUUGCACUUCCGCAGUUGACUCCUUCCUCGCUUCCUCCCUCUGCGAGCCUAACUCCUACCCGCUCAGCUAGCUCGAGUGAGGUCCUCCGCAUUGCUAGCGGCCUCGGAAAAGAACUACUCGAGGAAACUACCCAUGAUACUUCAAUGCUCCAAAGCUUCGAAUCACUUCCUCGGCUUAGCGUUGAAGUCGUCUUAAGAAGAGGGCUUGCUCAAUUGAUGAAUUCUCUUGUCACCAUUAGUCACGCUCAACUCCGAGCAGUUGAUUAUAAGGAGUUGAUCAAGGUCCUAAAUGAUCAACUAGUGGACGCCCAAGCUAAAGUGGAAACUCUAACUGCUUCGGAGAAAGAUUCCAAAUCCAAGCUGGAGCAGUCAGAGAAGACUGUGGCUGAGCAAGAGGAGUCUCUUAGGAGGUUGGCUGAUGGGAAUGAUAAACUAACCCAAACCAACAAGUCACUGACUGAUCGGCUAGAGAAACUGACUGGUGAGAACGAGGGGUUGGCUCGCGAGAACGAGGGACUGAUUCGCGAGAAUGAGGAGCUGAAGCAGGAGAAAGAAGCUGAUCUUACUCGCUACGAAGAAAUCUACUUCAACUGUUUUUAUCAGGUGUGGAAACUAAACAAGCAUCUCAACCUCGACUUUCUCACCGAGGAGAUUAAGGCAGAAAAGCUUGCUAAAUGUGAGGCUAGGGCUGCUGAGGAAGCUACUAAUCUUGCCGGCGCCACAUCUACUUCUCCCACGUUGUCACUCCGACCGGAAGGAGCAGCUGAAGCUGAGGAAGGGGUUGACCAACCUGCCAGAGCCGACCAGUGACCCCUCAUCUGACCAGAGAAGCCUUUGCCUGACCAAACAAGUUGUCAUUCUACCAGCCCUCUAUCAUACUUUGUUUUGUGUUUUGCUAUAUACUCUUGCUCGUAUGAUCGAGCUGUUUGGCAUUUGUACUUUACUUUUCUUUUUUGGCUAUCUUGAAACAUUCAAGUCUUUUUAUACUUAAAACAUUACAAGUUUAUUGUGAAUAGC